UCUGCGCGAGGCAGGAGGACAACGCGGUGGGGUAACAUUGGACAAACAGAUGCCCAAACUGACAAUACAAACCCAUACAAACGGGGAGUUGGUGCAUUAUAACAGCACAUUGAGGAGAACAGUUUGCAGUCAUCAGCCUAACAUGCAUGUCUUUGGACUACGGGAGGACACCACAGUCCUCGGAGAAAACCCACGGAAACAUGCCUCCUCCUCACAGGAAGGACCUGGGCACAGAUUCCAAUUCAAGACCUUCAAGCUGUGUGGCUACAGCACUGACCUGGCUUCUUCUCCCUGCAUGGUCUCCUCUGCUGGCAGAACCAUGAGAACACAGAGCUUCCACAGCUCCUGCAGAGAGGAACACCGGUAUCUUCUGUUCUACAGGUGGGAUGCUUCUUUCAGCGUGAAACUCCUGUGGCGUCUAAAAGAAGACAAAAAUCUUUUAUCUUUUAUGCUAAUGGUGAUCUCCUGCAGGGGACCAAGAGCUCUCUCUAAGGUUUAUGGAAACCUGACCUCCCAUUGGCGGAGAAGUGCAUGAGGAACCCAGCUCUGCUGCAGAGGACAGGUUUAGUCAUUAGAGUGCUUUGCCACAUCCAGGAAAAUGUCUGGCUCCUACGAUGAAUGUGCAGGUGUUGACGACACCAUGGACAGCUUCUGGGAGGUGGGGAAUUACAAACGUGCUGUCAAGAGAUUUGAUGAUGGCCAUCGGCUUUGCAAUGACCUCAUGGGCUGCCUGCAGGAACGUGCCAAGAUAGAAAAGUCCUAUGGUGAUCAGCUAACUGCAUGGUCCAAGAGAUGGAGACAGCUCAUUGAGAAAGGCCCGCAGUACGGCUCUGUGGAGAGAGCCUGGCUGGCUGUGAUGACCGAGGCAGAGAAGGUGAGUGAGCUGCACCAAGAUGUGAAGAACAACCUGGUGAACGAGGACGUAGAGAAAGUGAAGAACUGGCAGAAGGAAGCCUAUCACAAGCAAAUGAUCGGAGGCUUCAAAGAGGCCAAGGAGGCAGAGGAAGGCUUCAAGAAGGCUCAGAAACCGUGGGCCAAAAAGCUCAAGGAGAUGGAGGCAGCUAAGAAAUCCUACCACAUGGCCUGCAAGGAGGAGAAGCUGGCUGCAGCCCGAGAGGCCAACGGCAAGACUGAGGCUUCUGUCACAGCAGACCAGCAGAAGAAACUCCACGAGAAAGUGGACAAAUGCAAACAGGAUUCGCAGAAGGCUAAAGAAAAGUAUGAGAAGUCUCUGGAGGAGCUGAAUAAGUGCACCCCGCAGUACAUGGAGUGCAUGGAGCAGGUGUUUGACCAGUGCCAGCAGCAUGAAAUUAAGAGGCUGACCUUCCUCAAGGAGGCCUUGCUGGACAUCAAACGCCAUCUUAACCUCACCGAGAAUCCAAGCUAUGCCACAAUAUACAGAGAACUGGAGCGCACGAUCCUAGGUGCAAACACACAAGAGGACCUGAAGUGGUUCAGCAACAACCACGGUCCUGGGAUGCAUAUGAACUGGCCUGCAUUUGAGGAAUACAGCGCAGAACAGGCCAGUGCUCCUCCAAAGAAGAAGAAACCAGACGGAGCCCCACCCACUCCGAGCACCGACCAUGUGGCUCCACCUGGUGACCGUAGCAGUGUGAGCAGCUAUGAAAAAAACCAAGCUUACUCGACUGAGUGGUCCGAUGAUGAGCAGCCCGCUACGCUCUCUGGCAACGAAAAUGGCGGGAACGGGAAUUCUUUCGAAGAGGAUUCCAGCAUUGGGAAAGCGGUCCGUGUCCGCGCUCUUUAUGAUUAUGAAGGCCAGGAACAAGAUGAGCUCACCUUCAAAGCAGGUGAUGAACUGACCAAAACUGAGGACGAAGAUGAACAAGGCUGGUGUAGAGGUCGUUUGGACACCGGCCAAGAGGGACUGUACCCGGCCAAUUACGUCGAGCCAAUCUAGUGACGUUACUGGACAAGGACAUGCCAUUGGAAGCAGCUUGAACUGUCCCGUCCAAUUGCACCCCGCACAUAACCAGAGACUUAAGAGCAACACGUCCCUUGCCCAACAGAUGAGCCAAGCAGUCUUGCCUAAAUAAAAACUUAGUAACCUAAAAGACAAUAUAUCAGUAUAAUAUAUUUUAUCCAGCAUUUGGGGUGGGUGGACUUACACAUUUAAAAACAGGAGCAGCAGUUAUUCCAGUAUAUACACACUAUAACAUCAAGUCAGUGCAGGAACACAUUGCUUCUCUGUGUAGCUGUAUUUAACGUGUAAUGCAGCUUAUUUAAACUUGCAGUACACUGCAGUCGUUUCACUUGUGAACAUGGGAAGAUAAUAUAAUCAGUUAUACCCAUUCGACAAAGACGAGCUUCUCUAACCUGCAUUGUGUAUAUACAGUGUGAUGCCAUUUUUGUGUAGCAUUUUUAAUGCUGUGUGUGGUCAGUCGUCAUUCAUCAUCUGGAAUGCUGUGUAGUGUUAAAAGUACCACAAACAGUAUCCUCUAUUUUCUUUUCUCGUUUUUUUGUUUUUCUUUGUGAUUUGGUCCAACCUCUUUUCCAGUGUGUGCAGUGCUAUGUGUUUUUAACUGUUUCUGAACUUGCAUAGCAGCAUGUGCUAUGCAAAACAACUUGCAUUCCCUGAAUCCUGCAGCCUCGUAUAGGCUACAACUUGAUGCAACACUUCAACUGCAAAUGCAGAGUUCACUUUUUAGCAUCACAAUUUUCUGGACAUGCUUCUGUUUUCAUGAAAGGAAACUUGUUGAUGAACUGAUUUUAUGUUUGUUUGUCUUGUUUUUGACAUAUUUAUUUUCUUAGCAUCACAAACCCGUUGACAAUAUCAUCUUCAUGCAAUCCAAGGAAAGGAUAUACAGUUUCUUCAUUCUUGGUUCAGUAAUUCAGGUCUCAUUGUAAUCCACUACUGCUAACGAGAAACACGAGUGAUACAUUCCCUCAGAGCGAAGUCGGAUCAAGUCAUCUUCUUGAGCUUAUAAGAGAUGGGUUCUGAACAAUGCCUGUGCCGGGCACUUUUUUUUGUGUGGCCGAUGGAGGCCUGUCAGUGCGUUACUGUGCUACAGACGGUUUUCUGAAGAUCGAAGCCUCUUCAACAGGACAUGAAUGUAUGUUUGGGCUUAAAAGAGUUCAUGUUGUCUAAACAUGGUUCUCCACCAUCAUUUAAAGCCCUGCCUAGCAAAAGCACUAGUUAUGUGGCCCGUUUCCCUGCUGAGCCAAAGAAUGCCCCAAUACCAUCAACUUUCUGUUUUCUCUUCAUGCAAUAACUUCACAUGUCACAACAGCUUCAGUGAGGAUCAACUUGUAGCUGCAUCCCAGUCCACCCAAACUUCAUUUGUCUGCAAAACACUACACAAUGACACAGGGAAUACAUUUGUCACCAGUACUGCACUGCCUGUAAGAUUACUCUUACACAGUGCAUUACAUGGUUAUUUUUAAAUCUUUAACUCGCUAGAAAUUAGAUGUAUAGCAGGAAUUGCAUCAGAUGUUGAUUAGUGAGAUAUCUUGCUACGAGUUGCACCUAAAUCUCUGAUUAGAUGGGAGAGAUGCUUUUUUUUUUUUUUUUAACUUAGUUGUCCUGGAGUUUUAAAAUUUCACUGGACCAACAGCAGUCAGAUGUGUUUAGCUCUGUGUCUGGAACAGGAUUUGACAGGUUUGUGUCUCACACAUGAGGAAAAACACAUCACCAGCUCACAAGUUGUGUCUUAGAGUAAAGCUGUCCAGCAUAGCAAAAAGGACUCCUGUCAUUAAACUGUCCCACUUUCUCGAUGCGCACAUACACAUACAUAUUACAGACACGUGCAUUAAACACACGAUAUACACGAAACACGUAAGUUCAAACACAUAAUCCACAUUACCAGGUUAAUAUUUUGGGGGGAAACAUCAUCAUUCAGUGUGUAUGAGUUGUGUGUGUGUGUGUGUAUGUAUGUGUGUAUGUAUGUGUGUAUGUAUGUAUGUAUGUAUGUAUGUAAUGUAACAGAAAAACAAAAGUGAAAAAAAAAAUUGCAAGUGAUUGACUAUUAAGACAAAAUGUAGUGUUAUACAUGUAAAUGUGAUUCAUUAAGAUAACAGCAAUGGAAAA